AUUUCACUCAGUUAGGAACCUUCCUAAGCAAAAAAGACUAUUCGGACGCAGCCAGAUAUUUCUGGCAGCGUCCUCUAUUCCGUCUGUCGCAAUUUGAUGACGUCAUCACAAGUGGUGCCACCAUGGAGAAUACGCAUGUCUCAGCCUUCUCUAUUUACGAAAGAGUAUUGCAACAAACUCCUCAGCCAAUUGAGGUUGCCAAGAAGAAGAAACGGAAGACUCAUGUUCAGGUCUCUAAAUCAAACAAUAAGGCUAAAAGAAAGCAUACUGGCACACCUGUUCUAACAGAUGCACAGAAAAUGGUGGGGAUUGAGAAGCCAGUAAGGGGUGUCAAGGAGGUCAGUAAGGUAGUCAAAGGGCCAUCCCUGGACACUGUGCUGACUGGCCUGGCAAAGAUCAAUAACAGCAGGGAGAGAGCCAGUAAGCUUUUCGAAUGGUUGAUCCACCCCAUACCUCCCAAGAUCUUCUUCAGAGAGACGUGGGAGAAGAAACCAACUUUAAUCAAGCGACAAAAUCCAGAAUAUUACAAUGGGCUGUUUUCUACUGCAGAAUUUGACAGGAUUUUGAGAGAUGAUGAAGUUCAGUUUGGGGUGAACCUGGAUGUCACAAGUUACAUUAAUGGCAAGCGGGAGACCCACCAUCCCCCUGGAAGAGCCCUGCCCUUCACUGUCUGGGACUUUUACAAGCGUGGCUGCUCGUUGCGAAUGCUGAAUCCUCAGGCCUUCUCUUCCACGGUCUGGAAUGUGCUGUCCAUCCUACAGGAGCAAUUCAACAGCAUGGUCGGGGCCAACAUGUACUUGACACCUGCUGGAACUCAAGGCUUUGCUCCUCAUUAUGACGACAUUGAAGCUUUUUUGGUCCAGCUGGAAGGGAAGAAGCACUGGAGGGUGUAUAAUCCCAGAUCAGACAAUGAAGUCCUGCCUCUGGUCUCCAGCCGAAAUUUCUGCCAGUCAGAGAUUGGAGAGAAAGUGCUAGACGUGGUUCUGGAGGCUGGAGACCUGCUGUACUUUCCCCGCGGAUUCAUCCAUCAGGGAAAUUGCCUCCCCGAUGCCCACUCCCUUCACAUAACCAUCUCCUCCUACCAGAGGAACAGUUGGGGAGACCUGUUGCAGAAGCUGGUGCCCGUAGCCCUGGAGAUGGCAAUGGAAGAGGACGUGGAAUUCAGGCGAGGACUGCCCACAGAUUAUCUGACCUACAUGGGCGUUCAGAACUCUGACAAGGCAGAUCCACGGAGGAGUGAGUUCACAGCACGGGUAAAGGACUUGAUGAGGAGGCUGGCAGAUUUUGCUCCGGUGGAUGCUGCCGUAGAUCAGAAGGCCAAGGAUUUCCUGUACGACUGCCUACCCCCCCUGCUUACACCAGAGGAAAAGGCCAGCAGUGUGCAUGGAGCUCUCGCCCGGUGGGAGAACGGGGAGGCCAAGGAUGCCUCCAUCCAUUUGAAGGGGCACACCAAAAUUCGACUAAUCCGGGAUGGGAUCGCAAGGUUAACCAGUGAUGGAGAUAGCAUUCUUCUGUGUCACACCACAGACAAUUCCAGAGUUUACCACAAGGAAGAGCCAAAGAACUUUGAAAUAAGAGAUGAGCACACGGAUGCCAUGGAGUUCCUGAUCCACUCAUAUCCCAAGUUUGUGUCUGUGGGCAGCUUGCCAUGCGAUUCUUUUGAUAAUAAGGCUAUCCACCUGCUGCUCUCCACCACCACCACCCAGCCCCGCCCAUCAUCUGAGCCGCAUUAUGAACAAUGUAAACAGUGACUGACUGACCAUGUUGACCACCAAUCAACACCCUGAGCCAACCACAGGAGGAUGGGUUUCCCCCUUGAGCCUGAUUUCUUCUGAGGUUUCUCCCCAUCUGCUACAGGGAGAUUUUCCUUGUCACUGUUGCUUUAGGCUUGCUGCUGUGGGGGUCUAGACCAGGGUUGUUUGAUUCAGAUUCAGAUUCAGACAACUUUAUUGAUCCCAAGAAGGGCAAUUAAUUUGCAGCUUACCCAGUCCAUACACACAACUCCAAAACUCACAGACAAGGUAGUUAUAUGUCAGAGGCAACAGAUCAACAUACAUGGGUCAAUACAAGAAAACAACGAGCAGCAGUAAAUAAUAAGAAAA